AUGUUUGUCAAUGAUAUGAGUGGAACCACAAGCCGUGACUCUAUUUGGCGGCGUGACCUUAUGAUGAUAAACGGUUGUGAUAGUUCUAAUGGACUGUCUAUUUCUGAUUUCAUUUCUUGCAGGGUCCAUAAUAGAGAAUCCACUUCUUUUUGGUUCAGUAAGUGGGUGGGGGAUCAAAACACUUCGGAAGCUUAUCCGGAGCUCUAUGCUAAAAUGCAAUCCCCUACAAUGACUGUCGCGGCUGCUGGUUAUAGGCAGCGGCCGAUAUGGAUUUGGGACGCUGGAGGUUGGAUUAUAGAGCCAGACGAAGACGAUAAUAUGCUGCUGGCGUUGCUUACUGAACAGCUGCAGGAUGUUUUCCCGGAUAGCCAUGGCAGAGAUGAGUUUGUUUGGGCCAAGGAUGAAAGUGCCGGUUUUUCUGUUAAAGCCUGUGGAGUUGAGAUUAGAAGAUACGACAUUGCUACGAGGCUGCAUCCAGGUAUUCUAAACAGACUGAAUUUUAUGUGGGAUCUGAUUGUCCCUUCAAAAAUAGCCUUUUUUGCUUGGAGAUUCAUCCUAGACAGGUUACCGACUUGGGAUCAUUUGAAGAGUAGAGGCAUUCUGUUAGACGAUAGUGAAUGUUAUUGUGUGUUCUGUUUUCAAGUUUUGGAGACAUCUAGUCAUUUGUUUGAUGACUGUGUGUUCUCUGAUAGAAUUUGGAGUAAAAUAGGACAAUGGCUCGGUAUCUCUGAAAAAGCUGUCUAUUGCGGAGUUGAAGAGAUUCUCGGAACAUUUUGA